AUGAACGUGUCUGGAAAUGUGACUUUAGUGAUAGAGUACAGAGACUCUCUGUUCAAAGCUGUGACUAAAAAUGUCAUUGUGGUGGUGCUGAGUAUCUCGAUUAACUACAUCAAUGCCAGCCUCAUACAGACCUUCAGGAAACACCAGAUUUUCUACACCAACCCUCGCUACAUCCUGUUCUGCCACCUAGUGAUCAAUGACAUGAUCCAAGUCUGCCUCACAGUGGUUCUCUUCCUCCUCAGCUACAUCCUGUACACCAUCAACACAUCUGUCUGCUGCGCCUUUAUCCUCAUGGCCCUCUUCACCACCGAGAACACUCCUCUCAAUGUGGCAUGUAUGGCUGUGGAAUGCUACAUCGCCAUCUGCCUGCCCCUAAGACACAGUCAGAUCUGCACGGUUAAACGAACUUAUUUUCUUAUAGGACUCAUUUGGAUGACAAGCGUCAUUUCAGUAAUUCCUGAUUUGUUCAUAACAUUGGCGACUAUGCCUAUCGAGUUUUUCCAAUCAGAGGUUUUUUGCCUGCGUGAAACUGCUUUUCCAAAUCCACUUCUGCUGCAAAAGAGACAAGUUACCUAUAUGCUAUAUUUAGUGUUAGUUUGGAUGAUAAUUAUUUACACGUAUUUCAAAAUUCUAUUCACGGCAAAGACUGCAAGCAAAGAUGCCAGGAAAGCUAGAGAUACGAUUAUCUUACAUGGGUUUCAGGUUCUGCUGUGCAUGGCCACUUACGCCGAACAUGUUCUGAAGAUUGCGUUAAAAGAAUGGUUUCCCAGAAAUUAUGCAGAUUCACUGUUUGCGUGUUAUAUUGUUGUACAAAUUCUUCCUCGAUCUAUAAGUCCGAUCAUUUAUGGAGUGAGAGACAAAAUGUUUAGGAAGUAUUUACGAAGGCAUCUAUUAUGUAGAGUUAAAUCUGAACAUAACUAG